AAUCAUAUCGUUUCGGAAUGUGGAAAACAUAAACAACAUCAGCUUGGAUGCAGAGCGCGCGCUUUUUAGUCUCAUUAGGCCGGCACCAGCUUCCGCGUGCAUCAUCGCAAACAGCAUCCACACGUGCUUUCCUGUUCGGUGUGAAAAGAAAUUCCCGCAGCACUCCGACUACCGCCACGAUGACCCCUACACUGCUACCGGCCGCUUCCGGUGAGCUGAUCGUAAGAAACGCUCGGUACGUAACCGUACACGAGGCCGCUAUCGAGAAGCUGGCGGACCGGGUAAUCCGCGGCAUCAAGGAGAAGGAAAUCAACAUCGAAAACUUCUCCCAGCACGAGCACCAUCCGUCGGCGAAGGAUCCGCAUGCGGUCGAUUGGAUUUUUCUGAUCGAUACGCUUAACUUUUGCUUCUGGACGCCGGGAGCCGAUGCAACGAAGUGGAAGGUUGACGGACAAACCGGGUACUUUGCACUGUGUGCCGCCAUUAACCGGGCGAUGCGCGAAGGAAUCGACAUCACGAAUCCGGCCUACUACUCCAAGAUCACGGUCGAGCAGCUGGAAUCGAUUCUGCGUUCGGAUACGGCAGACACGAAAGCACCACUGAUCGAAUCGCGAGUCGAAUGCUUGCACGAGGUUGGCCAAGUGUUGCUCGAUCGGUACGGAGGGAAGUUUGAAAACGUGGUACGUACCUGCGACGGGUCAGCGAUUAAGCUGCUGCAGCGUGUCGUGGAAGAGUUUCCCUGCUUCCGGGAUGAGGCCGCACUGAAGGAAGACGCUGGCGACGGCUCUUCAACCGAAACACGCGUAUCGUUCUACAAGCGGGCACAAAUCUUGGUCGGUGAUCUGUGGUCCUGUUUCCGUGGGGAAGGAUUGGGCCGGUUUGAGGAUAUCGAUGCGAUCACGAUGUUUGCCGACUACCGGGUACCGCAGGUGUUGGUACACUUCGGAACGUUAACGUACAGCGACGAGCUGAUGGUGGUGCUGCAGGCGGACAAACUGUUGGAGAAUGGAUGUCGUGAGGAGAUUGAAAUUCGUGGUGCUUCGAUCCACGUGGUGGAACUGCUGAAGGCGAUGGUACGGGAGAAGCUGAUCACCGGCCAUCCGGAUACGGAUCCACGGUGCGUGAAUGCGAUCCUGUUGGACCAUUUCCUGUGGGACUAUCGCCGGAAGCAUGCGGCUGAGCUGGAGUACAUUCCGUUCCACAAAACGAUCAGCGUUUACUACUGAGCGGGAGGCAGUUGUGGACAGCAAGACAGCGGAUGGUAAGAUCUGGUUAGUCUGUUAAGCUCAGGGCAUGUUCAAGAUACAUUUUGCAAAAGUGAUUUAACAGACAGCUAACAAUAAAUAGUAACUGCCGCAUGAAAAAAAGAUCUGAAUGUUGGCUCCAAAUUUAGGUUUCAGUAGUAAGGGUUAGUCAACAGAUCGUCCGGUAGACAAUCAAUUGAUGAACCGAAUGAUGAUGAGCGAUUGAUGAACCCUUUCAGGAAGCUUUUCUGAGAUAUCCUAACGUUCUCUUAGACGAACUAGUACACAGCAUCCAUGUUGUCACACUUAAAUUUCCCUUCACUUCUGAUGCGUUCGAAUGGCAAUGUCUUGUUUGUCUAGGAACAACUGAUUACGCUGUUGAGCAUCUGGUGUCCUUCGGCAGGUCAAAGAUUGUUCUGAAGAAAUCGAAUACUAUACUUUCUUUGCAUUCUUCAGGUCCAAGCCACUUUUGGAAGCCAGGAACAGAGACUAUAGUUAGCGUUGGGUCAAGUAGCUCUUUUUAAAGAGGAGAGGGCAACUGCUCACCAACAUGUGAGAGGUGAGGCCUCCCGCGGUAGCUCCGCACUCACUGAGGGCGAAGAAGUCGAAGAGUGUAAAGAGCUACCUCAAUUUAUUGAGGCGAGGCCUCCCAAUAGCUCGCGAGCUCACAACCCAACACUAACUAUAGUGAAGAUGCAAGUUGUAAGACCAUAAAAGAUUGAAUCUGCUGAUUGAACGCCUCCUAGUUCAAGGGAAAUAGCUAGUCUAUCUUCUCAACAUAUAUCCUUGGAACGGACAAGGGUUAUUGCACUUCUAAGUAACGUGGUAUGCUUGUUUAAAAUAAAUUAAGAGCUCCUAUUGUCGUCUAGGCUCUUCCUCUGACUAUGAUACCAUUAGGGACAUUAAAAUCCUUCUAUGAAUUAUGUAAAAUUGUCCAUCUUAUACACUUACCAGGAACUAUCGACUUACCAGGUCCACAUCAAGGACGCAACCACUCCGCCAUCUUCGGACGGAUGUUCUCCACCGUUCUUCCUUUUCCUUCAAUAUCAUUAUCGGUUUCAAUAACACGAGGAAAACAUCAAAACAUACGUUUGCUUCGCUUGGAAUGUUCCUAUCAUCAUCUUCAUCAUCAUCAUUAUUAUUGGUUUUGUAACUGUUCCAUUAGUAUGCGCGCCAUUUUCCUGUUUGCAUUUAGACUGUUGGUUCCGGCUUUCUUUUUGUUUUGUGUUGUACAGUCGUCUACAUUUUCCACCUCGGAACUACUGUUUUAUUUACACGAAAUAUAAUAUACGAUAACAAAAGACUACCUUCGCUUGCAACGAUAUCCAAUCGGCAUAUUAUUAUCCUCGGAAACGAUUCGCAAAGGUGGUUUAGCUACUGGCGCAAGCGGUCUUUUGUGCCACCUGUGCACUUUACAAUUAUGAUACUCAUUUGGAAUAAAGGGGGGAGGAGGGGUUCUUCUUCGCUUAUGGAAUAGUUUAUAGAAUUUGCACAUUCAAGUAACAAGAGUUUAGCCAAACACAAUCCUCCCUCUCACCUCAUCUGCACGCGGACACUUAUUACUAUCGGCCAGUAAGGAUGGGAGGGUUUAGAGGACGUCCUUACAAUACACACCUUUGAUACUUUGAUUAUUGUUUCGGGGGGGGUCAACCAUCACACCGUGUACAGGAGAGACGGGUUGGAUGGAGAAUGAAACUGUGAUGUUCCCGAUAGGCGAUAGUGCCUAGCUUCAUUCCAUUUCCAGCACCAACAAUGUGACUGUACCCAUGCGUAUCGGAGAGUGCAACGGUAACGCUAUACUGCGAUUGCUGAUUAUUUGCUCGAUGACCGUUUGGCAAAUUGAUUGUGACACGAGAUAAUACUUUGAUCAUUUCUGCUAGUAGCAUUAAAGCGCCGAGUUUGAGGAAUCUUACGCUGGAUUGGAUCCUCGCACCCGCACGCUCACCGUAGCUGGGAUACCGGCAAAAGAGCGUACGCCGGCGGCAUACGAUGGUGGUGUACCCGGCGUACCUUCCUAACCGUUCCGCUUGUACGCCAAACCAGCCAACGUUUGGGAUGUUUACUGCUUUCUUUACUGUCUGUUUUUGUCGUUUUAUCAACUUGCUCAAAUACGAACGCUCUUCGUACUGCUCAUUACAGUUUCAGUAUGAUCGGUCUUUUUUUCUUCUUCCUGUUCUGCAACAUCGCUUAAUUACAGCUUGUUUUACAGCUAACAACCACUAUGGCCGAAAACGUGGAAAAAGCGGACAUAGAGUAUGAUGGAAAAUUGAUCGAAAAAGGUAAACAGACGAAUAAACCAAAACUACACACUAACUAUCUGCUGCACAUUACGCAAUAAUUAAUAAAAUAAUCAACAUAAUAAUCAAUUUUGAUUACAAGUGGGAAAAAUAAAAACAAAAAAAAAAACGAACGCAUGUACGUGUGUGUGUGUGUGUGUGUGAGUGUUUCGAUAGCGGAUAAGAACGUAAGGAAGGCUCUUCGAGCGUGAACAUGAGGCAAAAAAACAGGAUUCUUCGUUUGUGCGAAAACUGCGGGAGGGGAAACUAUUUGAAAUUGCCCUUUACAUCAUUUAAAAUGAAAAAAAAAAACGGAGGAAAAAAAA